UAAUUAUCUCGUCCAAUUUCUCUUUGUUACUCCUAUUAAAUGAAACAAGAAUAUGAAGUAUUUGUAAUUGAAUAAACUAACGAUACAAAUAAGAAAGAAGUUCUCUAGUAAGGCAACUGGAAGAUAUUAUUCAUCGUAAACUUUCAUUUUCUCAACACUUGGAACAAAAGAGGAAAAAAUGAAAAGUGACAAUAAAGAUUAAUAAUACAAACAAGAAACUUAAAUACUAUAAUUUUCUCGAAAUCGAUAUCUAUUAUGGAAAAUCUCCUUGCGGAAGGUAUGCAUAAAAUCGAUCGAUUAUAAUUUACUGUAAUUUCUGCACAUUAUACUGUUACUAUUGUAAAAAAAAAAUGAUAUUAUGAAAAUACGAGAGAGAAAAAUAAUUGCGUAAAUAAUAUAUCGAGCAGAGUUAUAGUCGAAUGAUUCUUCGAGUUCUUUAUGGCAGUCGAUAUUUGACUAGAAAGAAGAUGGAUGUAUUCGACACACACUAUCACAGCUAUCGUACUGUGUUGAAAAUCAUAGGAUUAUGGCCGUAUAACAAUUCAAUUUAUGUGUGGAUUCAGAGAUUACUGCUAUUCACAUUCUUUCUUGGCAAUGUAAUAUUUCAGAUUGUGUCUCUUUUGAGAUCAAAAAUUACGUUACGAAACUGUACUUUAAUAUUGUCUACAACUUGUCCACUUAUAAUAAUUUCGUUACGAUAUGUAAGUUUUAUAAUAUUUUUUCCUAUGAUAAAACAUUUAUUUAAUCAUAUACGUAUGGAGGAAAGUAUAGUACAAGAUUCAAUAGAAACAGAGAUACGGGCGAAAUACGUCCAUGAUUUUUGUCACAUGAUCGAAAUAUUUUUGCGGGUGACAUGUGCAACUUUUAUAUUCUACAGUGUAUUGCUAUUGUAUGUGAUGAUAUUGGAUUUCGUAAUGCCUUUCAACGAAUCUCGUAUAUAUAUCCUUGAUUACUUUACAUUAUUUUCUAUCAAUCGAACCGUGUAUUUUUAUAUUUUAUGCUUGAAUUUUUUCUUUGUUCUUAUAUUUGGAUUAUUAUCUGUAAUAUCUACGGAAUCGAUACUUGGACUUUUCAGUUAUCAUGCAGGAGUGUUGUUUAAAAUUAUUAGUUAUCGGAUACAAAGAAAUAUUACGUAUUUAACCACGUUUAAUCUCUCAUCGAAGCAAAUUGACACGAAACUAGCAGAACUUUAUCGCGUGGUGGAUAUUCAUAAUCAAGCUAUCCAACUUAUCAACAUCCUGAUAAAUAAUUCAGGAAAACAAUUUUUGAUGUCUACCCUUUUGACUGUGAUUUCAAUAGCUGUAAAUCUGCAUCGACUAGUAAAUGCGAUUAUAGCUAAGAAGGAUCAGUUGGAAAUUAUCGUCUCUUUCAUCUUUUUUGUCAAUCAAUUGGUGUUUAUGUUUUUUUGUAACCGUAGUGCUCAGAUACUUAUAAACAACAGUGAAGAAUUUUUCCACGAAUUAUACAUUUCCGUAUGGUAUUUUGUACCGUUAAAUGUACAAAAGAUUUUAUUACUGAUCAUGACAAGAAGCUCGACGACAUGUAUGUUCCACAUGUUUGGCGUGUUCUUUCCAUGCCACGCAGGAUUUACAACGAUGUUAAGUACCUCGUUUUCAUAUUUUACUUUGAUGUACUCGAUACAAUAAAAUUGAUAGUGAUCGUGUUAAAUUAGUAUUGAAAU